AUGCCUGUAUAUAAGCACUUAUUGCCUGUUAACGGUGCAUGGAGACAAGAUGUCACUAAUUGGCUUAGCGAAGACGUUCCUUCUUUUGAUUUCGGGGGUUAUGUUGUUGGGUCUGACCUGAAGAGAGCCAACUUGUACUGCAAGCAAGAUGGUAUGUUGUGUGGUGUUUCCUUUGCGCAAGAAGUCUUCAAUCAAUGUGAAUUGCAAGUUGAAUGGUUGUUCGAAGAAGGCUCUUUCUUGAAACCUUCGAAGACAGACUCCGGCAAGCUUGUUGUGGCCAAAAUAAUCGGACCUGCUAAAAACAUCUUAUUGGCAGAAAGAACCGCUUUGAACAUCCUCAGCAGAAGCAGUGGAAUUGCCACAGCCUCGCAAAAGAUUGUUAGUUUGGCACGUUCGACUGGCUAUAAGGGGAUCAUUGCGGGAACAAGGAAGACUACACCGGGAUUACGUAGGUUAGAAAAGUACUCUAUGCUUGUCGGUGGGUGCGACACCCAUAGAUAUGACCUUUCAUCAAUGGUAAUGCUUAAAGACAACCACAUUUGGGCUACUGGUUCUAUCACCAAUGCAGUAAAGAAUGCCAGGGCUGUGUGUGGGUUUGCUGUGAAGAUUGAGGUGGAGUGUUUAAGUGAGGAUGAAGCGACAGAAGCCAUUGAGGCUGGUGCAGAUGUCAUCAUGUUGGAUAACUUCCAAGGUGACGGUUUGAAAAAGUGUGCUCAAAGUUUAAAGAGCAAGUGGAAUGGUAAAAAACAUUUCCUCUUGGAAUGUAGUGGAGGCUUGAAAUUGGACAACCUCGAAGAGUACUUGUGCGAUGACAUUGACAUUUACAGCACUAGUAGUAUUCAUCAAGGUACAUCUGUGAUUGAUUUCUCAUUGAAACUCGCACACUAA